AUGUCAUCGACUACAACUGCCGAUUUACGCGAUAUUGCGGACCGACAAAUUGCAGAGGCCAUCAUUGUGCGAUCAAUCGCGCUCUUGUCGUUGAUACCUACCGUAUUCCAGGCCUCCCCGUCACCACCGGCAUCGUCGUCGAAUUCGGACGGGAUUGUGGCCGACUGUGUGGUUUGUGGUGACAAAUCCAGCGGUAAACACUAUGGACAGUUCUCGUGCGAGGGCUGUAAAAGUUUCUUCAAACGGUCCAUCAGACGUUCACUUUCGUACACAUGUCGAGGUUCAAAGAACUGUCCUGUUGAUGUGAAUCACCGAAAUCAGUGUCAGUUCUGUCGACUGAAGAAAAUGCGUCAAAAUGGGCAUGAGAAGGGAAGUACAGUGGAUUGGGCCAGACAGCUGUCGUUCUUCAACGAUCUCACUCAACAAGAUCAGGUUAAUACUUUAAUCACCUUGUUAAUAGGCUCAGAGAAUUUUAUCUGUCGGCGGAGGACCAAACCACAAAAGUCCCUCUUUGCAUCACGACUAACCCACUUGACCAACAGGUCUCAAGUUCAGUUUGACUACUUACAGAUUACUUUUACUGCAAUCACACUGGGAAAUGGGGGGGGGGAGCACGUCGAACGCUGGCCGAUCCAGUCAUAUGUGGAUUUCUUCGGAGAUCAACAGCAUCAAGCGCAGUACUUUCAACCCAAUACUCCGUCAUUGAACGAGCCGUUGAAAGUGGAAACUAUCCAAGAAAAGAUUCAGUCAUCUCUAGACGAGUACUGUAGGACACAAAAACCCCAUCAG